AAACCACUCAGAUUGAGGAUCCUCGGGUACAGUGGCGGCGGGAGCAGGAGCACAUGCUGAAGGAUUACCUGGUGGUGGCCCAGGAGGCCCUGAGUGCACAAAAGGAAAUCUACCAGGUGAAGCAGCAACGCCUGGAGCUUGCACAGCAGGAGUAUCAGCAGCUGCAUGCCGUCUGGGAGCACAAGCUGGGCUCCCAGGUCAGCUUGGUUUCUGGUUCGUCAUCCAGUUCUAAAUAUGACCCUGAGAUCCUGAAAGCUGAAAUUGCCACUGCAAAAUCCCGGGUCAACAAGCUGAAGAGAGAGAUGGUUCACCUUCAGCAGGAGCUACAGUUCAAGGAGCGUGGUUUUCAGACCCUGCAGAAAAUCGAUAAGAAAAUGUCUGAUGCUCAGGGCAGCUACAAACUGGAUGAAGCUCAGGCUGUCUUGAAAGAAACAAAAGCCAUCAAAAAGGCCAUCACCUGUGGAGAAAAAGAAAAGCAAGAUCUCAUUAAGAGCCUCGCCAUGCUGAAGGAUGGCUUCCAUACUGACAGAGGGUCCCACUCAGACCUGUGGUCCAGCAGCAGCUCCCUGGAGAGUUCUGGCUUCCCACUGCCGAAACAGUACCUGGACGUGAGCUCCCAGACAGACAUCUCAGGAAAUUUCGGCACCAGCAGCAACAAUCAGUUGGCAGAGAAGGUCAGAUUGCGCCUUCGAUAUGAAGAGGCCAAGAGAAGGAUUGCCAACCUGAAGAUACAGUUGGCCAAGCUCGACAGUGAGGCCUGGCCUGGAGUGUUGGACUCCGAGAGGGACCGGCUGAUCCUCAUCAAUGAGAAGGAGGAGCUGCUGAAGGAGAUGCGCUUCAUCAGCCCCCGGAAGUGGACGCAGGGGGAGGUGGAAAAGCUGGAGAUGGCCCGGAAACGGCUAGAGAAAGACCUGCAGGCAGCCCGGGACACCCAGAGCAAGGCGCUGACGGAGAGGUUAAAGUUGAACGGUAAGAGGAACCAGCUGGUGAGAGAACUGGAGGAAGCCACUCGGCAGGUAGCAACUCUGCACUCUCAGCUGAAAAGCCUCUCCAGCAGCAUGCAGUCCCUGUCCUCAGGCAGCAGCCCUGGCUCCCUCACAUCCAGCCGGGGCUCCCUGGCUGCCUCCAGCCUGGACUCCUCCACCUCAGCCAGCUUCACCGACCUCUACUACGACCCCUUUGAGCAGUUGGACUCGGAGCUGCAGAGCAAGGUGGAGCUCCUGCUCCUGGAGGGGGCCACGGGCUUCCGGCCCUCAGGCUGCAUCACCACCAUCCAUGAGGACGAGGUGGCCAAGACCCAGAAGGCAGAGGCGGGUGGCCGCCUGCAGGCCCUGCGCUCCCUGUCUGGCACCCCGAAGUCCAUGACCUCCCUGUCUCCCCGCUCCUCCCUGUCCUCCCCAUCCCCGCCUUGCUCCCCUCUAAUCUCUGACCCCCUCCUGGCUGGAGACGCCUUCCUGAGCCCGCUGGACUUUGAAGACGCAGAGCUGAGUGCCACUCUUUGCGAACUGAGCCUUGACAGUGGCACCGGGGAGAGGUACCGGCUGGAGGAGCCAGGAGCGGAUGGCAAACGGUUGGGCCAAGCUGUGAAUGUAGCCCAAGGGUGUGGCCUCAAAGUGGCCUGUGUCUCGGCUGCAGUGUCAGACGAGUCUGUGGCUGGUGACAGUGGUGUUUAUGAGGCUUCCGUGCAGAGAUUGGGUGCUCCAGAAGCGGCUGUUUGCGACAGUGAUGAAUCAGAGGCAGUGGGUGCAAGCCGAGUUCAGAUUGCCCUGAAGUAUGAUGAGAAGAAUAAGCAAUUUGCAAUAUUAAUCAUCCAACUGAGUAACCUUUCUGCCCUGUUGCUGCAACAAGACCAGAAAGUGAACGUUCGCGUGGCUAUCCUUCCUUGCUCUGAAAGCACAACCUGCCUGUUCCGGACCCGGCCCCUGGACGCCUCAGACUCCCUCGUGUUCAAUGAGGUAUUCUGGGUGUCUGUGUCCUACCCAGCCCUUCACCAGAAGACCUUAAGAGUCGAUGUCUGUACCACUGACAGGAGCCAUCUGGAGGAGUGCCUGGGAGGCGCCCAGAUCAGCCUGGCUGAGGUCUGCCGGUCUGGGGAGAGGUCAACUCGCUGGUACAACCUCCUGAGCUACAAAUACUUGAAGAAACAAAACAGAGAGCCUAAACCAGUGGGAGCUACUAGACCUUCCCCGGGACCUGAAAACACGGAUGCUGUAUCUGCUCUGUUGGCACAGACAGCAGUGGAGCUGGAAAAGAGACAGGAGGAAAGGAGCAGCACGCGGACCCUGGAAGACAGCUGGAGGUAUGAUGAGGAGACCAGUGAGAAUGAGGCAGAGGAGGAUGAGGGGGAUGAAGACGAAGAUGUGUUUACUGAGAAGGCUUCCCUGGAUGUGGACGAGUGCCCAGCAGCAUUAAAGGUGGACAAAGAGACCAACACAGAGACUCCAGUCCCAUCCCCCACUGUGGUGCGGCCCAAGGACCGGCGGGUGGGCACCCCAUCCACAGGGCCAUUUCUUCGAGGGAGCACCAUCAUCCGCUCUAAGACUUUCUCCCCUGGACCCCAGAGCCAGUAUGUGUGCCGGCUGAAUCGGAGCGAUAGUGACAGCUCGACUCUGUCCAAAAAGCCCCCUUUCGUUCGUAACUCUCUCGAGCGGCGCAGCGUCCGAAUGAAGCGGGCCUCUUGUAACGGGCCAGUGUUGUUACCACCCUCACAGCCUUCAUCCAUCAAAUCUCUGCGCACUGAGCGCCUGAUCCGCACCUCACUGGACCUCGAGCUGGACCUGCAGGCGACGAGGACCUGGCACAGCCAGCUGACUCAGGAGAUCUCGGUGCUGAAGGAGCUCAAGAAGCAGCUUGAACAAGCCAAGAGCCACGGGGAGAAGGAGCUGCCUCAGUGGUUACGUGAGGACGAGCGCUUCCGGCUGCUGCUAAGGAUGCUGGAAAAGCGGAUGGACCGAGCCGAGCACAAGGGUGAGUUGCAGACAGACAAGAUGAUGAGGGCAGCUGCCAAGGACGUCCACAGGCUUCGAGGCCAAAGCUGUAAGGAGCCCCCAGAAGUGCAGUCUUUCAGGGAGAAGAUGGCAUUUUUCACCCGGCCACGAAUGAAUAUCCCAACCCUCUCUGCAGAUGACGUCUAAUCACCAGAAAAGUAUUUCUUUUGUUCCACUGACCACGCUGUGAACACUUUGACUGUGGCUAAAGUUAUUUAUGUGGUGUUAUAUGAAGGUGUUGAGUCACGCGUCCUCUAGCGCUCUUGUUGGUUUGAAGACGAACAGAUUUUUUUAGUUUGGGUCCUCUUGUUAUUAUUAAAAAACAAAAACAAAACAAACAAAAAAAAAAAAACCAGCAUUAAAAUGUCCAGAUUGUAUAGUUUGUAUAUUUAGGAAUGUAUUUUUGGGAAAGAAAACUUAAAUGAACUAAAGCAGUGUUAAGUUGCUGCUCUUCUUAAAAUUGUUUAGUUUUUUUUUUGUUUGUUUGUUUGUUUGUUUUUUUGUACAGCUCUAUCUUUUAGAGAUUUUACUGCAAUAAGUAUGCGUGGGGGAUGCUAAUCCUAACAGGACGUCCUGCAGCUAUCACAGCACAGCUGACCUUUCCUAGUUAACAUAUUUUGUACAAUAUUAUUAAAAAAAAAAAAAAAAAUGUGCAGGAACCAUUUGGAGGAUUCCAAGGUGCACCCAUGAAUUUUUAUGAGCUGUGAUGUGUUUGUACUUGGCCGCCUGACUCGGAGCAGGCAGGGCAGAGCUGGCUGAGCACCUCACACCUGUGUUGGCGACAGGCCUGCCCACUCUGGCCCCAAAUGCCCAGUGAAGCCACUGAAGUGAGGGGAGGGCUGUGGAGAACUCCAUGCAGUUUUAUCUUCAUCAAUAAAGUGGCCUUUCUGAAAGAAUUUCUCUCUCUCUUUUCUGUCCCCAUCCCUUACCUCAUCUGUGUUUUCUAAUGUUUUUGUAACUGAAUGAGUGUUCUCACCCUGUCCUAUGAGCCCAUCGAAAUAAGACAGAUGCCACACGAGCAGUUUUAAGGGAAACAGAAAGUGGAAAUUUAU